UGCACCAAGUUGAGAGAUUUAUUUAAUACCUUUGUUUCUAAUUACUUGGAAACUGCUGGACAUACAGAGAUAAAGAAGUAGAUUACUGAAUAUUCAAAUAAGAAGCGGUCCUUCACUUGGUGUUCUAACAGAUAAUUAAAUCUCUGUAAGAAAGGAUCACGACAGAAAUAUCUGUUGUAUGCAGAAAAAAGGUGUAUGCCGGAUAAAGGGUGUAGAAGAGGUGAACUUCUCAAUAUUGAACCUGUUCAUUAAUGUAGUAGGUCCGGAUUUAUGGAGCUAAUUUGGAUCUUGCUAGUAUUUUCCACUUCUGGUACAGAGCAGGAAUUACAGAUUCGAAUAAAUUUUUUUCAGUGGAAAGAAGAGAAAAUGAUGUUCUCAUUGCUCGAGUGACUUUUAUACAACUAAUGCCAACAUUCCACAUAUUUGUGCUCACAAUAGCCAGGUUACUAGACCUUUAACUUGUUCAUUUUUGGAUUACAACUUGAUCCAAUACUGGGCAAAUGACACACAAUACCGAAUUGUUAUAUAAAUGUUUUCCAAAUUCCUCAUGUUGUAAAAGCGGACGACUCUUUAACAGAUAGGGUGCCUGUUGACUAUUUUUAUCUAAUAGUUUACUGACAGUACAGAUAGGGUGCCUGUUGACUAUUUUUAUCCAAUAGUUUACUGACAGUGGACAUAAAAAGUUUAUGUUCGUCCUUUCAAAUAGUGUAAAAACCUGCGUAUGUGUCAUUCUUUUGAAGGUUUUCAAAAAAGGUGUGGCUCGGCAGCUGGAAACUGUAACAAGAUACAGCACUAGGAACAGAACAGCAGGGAUGUGGAGCCGAGGACAGCAACAAAAGUCCUAGCGCAGAGUUCUUGGAGGCGAGCAGUGGUUAGAGUGGCUCUUGGCUGCAGGCCAGGCUGACACUUGAGGGUUGGGAUAACGUGAUGAGAGGGUGGUUUUGUCUGGUCAGCCACUGCUUCUCAAGCACUUUCUAUCCGUCCGGCACUCUACUCUUUCCAUCUCACUGAACCCGGCUUAGAGGUGCUACUUGAAGAAUGGACGAUGAUGAUUUUGGUGGCUUUGAGGCUGCAGAGACUUUCGAUGAUGGAAAUGGUGAGACCCAAACAUCUCCUGCUAUUCCCUGGGCUGCCUUUCCUACAGGGAAAUGUGCAAUUUCCAUUGUGAGCUGCCUUCACAGAAUUUAUGGUAGAACUUCACUGACAUUGCCACUGAUGCCAAUGUGGAAUAAAGUGUCUGGAGUCCACCUGUCGCCAGUGUCUCCUGAGCUUGUGUUGGACCAUGAGCACUCAUCUUCUGCGAGCUGCCUUUCUCCUGAUGCCAUUCUUUCCUCACCAGACAAUGUGCACACGGACAGCAGCAUCGGGAGCCACACUGUUCCAAAAGCACAGGUUCAGCAGUCAAUAAACACACAUCUAGAUAUCCCACUUUUUCCACUGGCUUUAUCGGAUGAGACAAGUAAUGGAACAGUCUCUCUUGUGGAUGAUUGUGAAGAUCUUGCAACCAAUGUGUCAAACAUACAGCUUCAGCAAAAAGUUUCAGAUCUGGAGAUGAAACUCAAAAUGUCUGAAGAAGAAAAACAGAGGAUUAAAAAGGAUGUAGAAUCAUUGAUGGAAAAGCAUGAUAUUUUAGAAAAAGACUUUCUAAAAGAAAAAGAUCAAGAAGCCAUUUCCUUUCAAGAUAGAUACAAAGAACUACAGGAAAAACAUAAACAAGAAUUGGAAGACAUGAGGAAAAUGGGCCAUGAAGCACUUGGAAUUAUUGUGGAUGAAUAUAAGGUAGAGGCCUUACUGCAGUCUUCAGUUAAGCAACAAGUAGAAGCUAUUGAAAAACAGUACAUCUCUGCAAUUGAGAAACAAGCACACAAGUGUGAGGAGCUGCUAAAUGCUCAGCAUCAAAGGCUCCUUGAAAUGCUAGACACAGAGAAAGAACUGUUAAAAGAAAACAUAAAGGAAGCCUUGAUUCAGCAAUCUCAAGAACAGAAGGAAAUAUUGGAAAAAUGUUUGGAAGAAGAAAGACAAAAAAAUAAGGAGGCAUUAGUGUCUGCUGCAAAGUUAGAGCAAGAAGCAAUGAAGGAUAUAGUUAUGAAAGCCAUAGAAGAAGAAAGAAAGAAUUUGGAAAAAGCUCAUGCAGAAGAAAGGGAAUUAUGGAAGACAGAACAUGCAAAAGACCAAGAAAAAGUAUCUCAGGCCAUUGAAACAGCUUUACAAGAACAGAGGAAAAUAAGUCAGGAAACUGUUAAGGCAGCGAUAGUAGAAGAGCAGAGGCGAAGUGCAAAGGCUGUGGAGGAGGCAGUGAGAAGAACGCGAGAUGAGCUGAUCGAGUAUGUAAAAGAACAGAGAAGGAUUUUUGAAACAAAGUGUCACUAUGGAGUCCAGACUGAUCUUGAACUUUGUGGGAUCCUCCUGCCUCAGCCUCCCAGGUGCUGGGAGACAACACCCAGUCUUUCUACACUUGACCAAGUCCUCCGACAGAGAAGCCUGUCCAGUUUGGAGCUGUUCCUCUCCUGCGCACAGAAACAGCUGAGUGCUCUCAUAGCAACAGAGCCCCUUGAUGUUGAAUAAAGAGAGUGUGACAAGCUAACGCACACUGGCACUGCAUCGUUCAUUAGACCUCUUAACUGUAGUCUGUGAUCUACAAAGAUGCUUUCCGCUAGACUUUGGGGAAUUGAUUUCCAGCUCAAGGAUAAGCCAGACCAAUAUUUAGAGCUAUCAAGUGUUCUAAUUUAUUUUCUUUUAUUAUCUACUUUGCUUUUACUAUGAUUGUAUUAAUAGGAUAGCAGCAACAGAAUAUAAUACGAUCCAAAAGCCAUCAAAAAUGCACUUAACAAAAAUCAGUUAUGUAAAUUUUAUAGUCUCUGGUGACCUAUUAUAUAGUAGUUGACAAAAAGAAUAAAUAUCUUUAUGAUUGUUUCAUGACGAUCCUUGAUAAGAUUCUGGAAUGUAACCAUGCAUUAUUUGAUUUUAACAAUAGAAAUAGUGUGGAUUUCAUUGCUUAUUUAUGAACUUGAAUAUAAAAUACUGCUGUGAUAGAGAAUUAUUCUGAUAUCAUGAAACUUUUUUGUGCAUUUGGAUCUAUGUUUUCAUUAGUCUACUGAAAAUAAUACAAAUAAAAAUACUAUUGUAAUACUAAUUCAACUUUGAUCUGAUACACCACUACAGCUCCAGGGGUAUAUGUAAUACAGUAUGUGCUUAUUUCCUAGUUCUGCUCUUCAAAUGCUCUGUGAAUCAAUGAAGUCAUUUUUCUUAUGAAUUGAACCACAAACCUUAGAAAGAAAAUAUAGCUCAACCAUUUACAUGAAUGAGCUUAUAUUAGGAUAUAAGAAAUUUCCCACUAUGUCAGAAUGUUCUUAAUUCAUGAGCAGUGAGUCAGUGCAAAAUCAUGAGUAUUUUUAACAUCAAAACCAAAAUGUCAAUAAAAUGUAUGUAUGCAAAUGUUUUGUCUUAUUUUCUGAAAUGCUUCUACUUUCAUGACCUUUGUACUUUUCUGGGAUUUCUCAGUGUAAUUAAAAGAGCUGCAAAAACUUA